UUUGUAUUGAGUUUUGAACUUGGAUUCUCGUCGAGUUCGCGCUUCAAUGUAAUGUUUUUGUAUCUGUGAGUUCGCGCUCGUUCCACGAAAUGCUAAAAAGCAUGUAAAACUUGUUGCAAAGGCAAAUAAGCUUCAAAAAAAAACAACUGUCGCUGUCAAACAUGCAUGUGUCAAAAACAUUUAUCAAUUGUCAACAUCACAUCAACUUCAAAAAACCAAAAGGGUUAUGUUUGGAUAAGGAAUAAAUUCUUAUUUUACGUAACAUUUAACUGAAUCCCGACGCAAAAUUAUCCAAAAUAGUUAAAUGUUAUGUAUUGUACCUCGCACUUGCUUCAAAUGUCGUUCGCGCGGUGGUAGUGAUGACAUAUUGGUCUAUUUUCGGCUCCGAUUUAUUUAGGCCGGAUUGAUCAAAGGUUAAGGUUUAAAUAUGCAAUUUACUACGUGCGCCAACUAGUACGGCCACCCUCUAUCAUCUUCACCUGAUAUGGAUGACCUGAAGCACAGGGCUGGAGAGAAACUCGAGGCAUUUCAUAUAGCAGCUAAGACUGCGGCAAACGGCGGGAAGUCUCGAGUUCAAGACGCCUUCAAUCAAACAUCUGAUGCCCUCGCUAGGUUUCGCGAAAUAUUCCGAGAACUGUGGCAGAACGAGCUGAUAGUGGAAGGGCGGGAGCGCAUCGCGGCCUGGACCAGAGAUGCUGUCCAACGAAUCAGGGAGGGUGCGCCGCCUCUGUCUCCUAUACUACUCUAUGAAGAACUAGUUGCCUUGUUCAAGGAUAGAGUAUGGCGUCGCAGCGUUAUAAUCUUUGUUAUGGGUGCGGUAAUCGGAGGCAGCGCGGGAUUGUGCAUAGGGCUGCGGGCCGCCGCGAGGGAGCCCCACGGCCCGCACGCUCGAGCGCUGCACUCGCAACCAGACCACUCAGUAUUGUUGGUUGAAGACGCUGUCGCUCCCAGCGCGGGCGCAGGCGAAGUACUGGUCCGCGUGCAAGCGUUCAGCGUGUGCGCAGUGGACCGCUGCGUGCUGCGCGGCCGCGGCGCCGCCUUGCGGGGCCUCAUCUGCAGGGGGCCGACCACCCUCGGGAGGGGCUUCGCAGGAGUGGUGCUGGACGUGGGGCCAGGCGUGACGUCAUUCGAGCUCGGGGACGAAGUGUGGGGCUGCGUCAGCGAGUGGGCGGGGGGCGCGGCCGCGGAACUGCUGACUAUACGAAGUUCUCGUAUUAGUAAACGUCCCCGUAGCGUGGCCGCCGACAGUGCAGCAGCGUUGCCGUGGUCGGGGUCCGCGGCCCUCGCGGCCCUGGACGCCUUGAGGCUCACUCCGCACGAUGCUAAAGGCAAGCGCGUGGCGAUAAGCGGGGCGUCGAGCGGCGAGGGCUGCGCGCUGGUGCAGCUACUGGCGGGCUGGGGCGCGCGCGCGAGCGUGCUCGCCAAACAUUGCGCCGCUAACGAGUUACACCAACUGGGCGCCCAUGAGUUGAUAGAGCCAGAGAACUCUACAACGUACGAGUGCCCGUGGACGCUGCUCCAGCAGCACGCGGCCCGCUGCGGGCCGUGGGACGCCGCGUUGUUGUGUAACGGGCCGCCCUUCACUCACAACACGCCCCCGCCUGCUGCUACCAUACUCAAGGCAACAGCGCCUCGAAACUCCGUGAUCGACCUCCGACCGAAGCCUUUGAUAACGGACCGGCUGCCGACGCCGCUAGCCUUUGUGUUCGGUGUCUCUUUCUACACCUUCAGAUUGCUCAGGUGGGUGGUGGGACUAGGGACGCAUACAGACUGGUUGGAGGAUAAGUACAAGUUGAGUGAGGGCCUGGACACACUCGCACAGUUGGUCGAUUCUGGAGUUGUCGCGCCUGUGCUUGAUAAGGUGUACUUACCCCAGGACUACGAAAGCGCCCUGGCGCACGCGUGUAGCGACGAGGCGCUCGGCACCACGGUGGUCAGAUUUCCAUAAAAGUACACAUUUCUACAAUAAAAUGUUAUGGAACUGACUGGAACUAGUGUUCACCAGUUUUGAACCAACAAAUUGUAUACAAAUCUUAUGAAUUGACUAGAAUUAAGAUUUAAGAAAUCCAACAAGGAUUAUUUUUGUUGGGCCUACACUCUAAAACCCAUAUAACGCAAACCAAAAACUAUUUAUAUAACUAAUGUGUUAAACACAACAUUUUAAGGAUUUGACUAGAACACGUACAGUCAACAGCACAUUAAACAACCCAAACAUACAAAACUCACCCCUAUCACAGUGGCAUAAAAAUCUAUGCAGGGUGACAUGAUAUGCUGUCGACUGUACGAGAAAUCCCAUGUUUUCACUAAACAUAUUUAUAGUUAGUGUCCCACCGGCCUCCAGUUUGGGAAAUACUGAUGUCAGAAUGAGUGAGGACCGGGAUCCAUUGCUCCUUUGUCGUCCGUUGCGUCACGUAGCGCAACGGAGCAAUGUGACCGCGCUGUCUGCAUAGGUAAAGCAGGUUAACAAUAUACAAAUGUGUUUUAUGAUGAAGGCGAUUUUAAAUUUAUAUAUUACAUAAGAACAGAUGAAAAUGUAAGUAUUUUUGUUUCUAAAUCAAUCGAGCUUAAUAUUAUUGAACGAAUAGAACAGAUGAAAAUUAAGUAUUUUUGUUUCUAAAUCAAUCGAGCUUAAUAUUAUUGAACGAACACUAUUCAAGGCGCUCGAAAUUUAAUUAUACAAAAACUUAACGUUUUCGAGAGAUCGACAAUUUUAAAAAAUAAGAUUGUAUAUACCUACUUUCUAUCGUAAUUGACUGAAAAAUUUAUAGUUCUAAUCAACAUGCUUCGAUUUUGUAAGGUUCCAGCGGAAAAUAGGAAAAGAAAUUGGUUUCUUUUAUUUUAAUACAAGCGAUCUAAAACAUAUAUAAAUCUGUGUAAAACAUGAAGUGAGUUACUAUAUAAAUGAUUAGCUAAAAUCACUGUGCUAAAACAAAAUGGUCGUUAUAUUGAAUUCUUUUUUGCUUGAACCUUACUCGAAUAAUGUUAGUGGAUAUGAUGGAAAAUAGUCUAUUUCUUGUACAUUAUUUAACCGAGGAUUGUGAACCAAAUUUGAUACUUUUAAAUCAAAUUCUGUAAAAUAUAAUGCCAAUGUCUAGAACUGAAAUGUGUAUUGAAUUUUUUGAAUACAAUGUUAUAAUUUACAAAAAGAAAAUCCUAUUAAAACAAUUUCAGUCUUAGCUCGAGUAUUUACACUAAAUGUUCCUAUUUUUUAAUCACAUUUUUGAAUCUGUAUUUUUAAAAUCAUAUACUUUAUGAAGUACUUACGUAAAUAAUAAAAAUACCGUAAUCCAUAUGGAAAUAGUUACAAUAAUUUGAAGACUGUUAAUGCUACGUCCUAUAUAGAUCUUGUAUAUACCGUGUAUAAAAUAUCGAAUGGUGUAAAUUGAUUUUUAAAUCAUACUAUCUAACCCAAAGAGAAUUUAAUAAAUUCGCUCAAUGAAUUAUUAACAUUGAUCUGUUGAUUAUAUAUUGUGUAUAAUCUUUUUGAUAAAAUAUAAAUGUAUUGAACACACAAAAAUCUAUUAUAUUAUUUGUCCUUUAUAAUCAUUUAUGACCACGUCGCCCCGAUAUUUAAAUAUUUAUGUUCGGAAAGUCAGUCGUCAGUUAAAAAUGCUACUUUCAUUCUUUUCGAGUGUAAUAAUGUUCACACUGGUGACAGAUUAUUAUUCAAGUCUCCUUAAGGCAUCUGACACACAAAAAUGUACUAGGUUAAGUAAUAAAAAAAACUAUAUUUAAUAUACGUGACUACACGUGUAACAGUGUACAGUAACUGACUAGUAUAUGAGUGGUAUUUAAUUUGUAAAUGAUUAUAAUAUGACGGGCCGAGAUAUUCUAUUCUAAAUGUACCAAGAUUAAUUUAAGGAAACAAAAAGGUGCCUAUGUUUACUUAUUAUAUACAUGUUAAAUAUUUAUCUGAUAUUAAUAAACAUAUCUUUAAUUUUGAGACACAUUGAGUUUCAGUUGUCAUAAUAUAUUGAUCGAAUUAUCUAAAACCGAUUUCCUAUAUCAGAAGUAAAUAUUUCUAUAGAUGUUUUAGAAUGGUAGAUAUUGUUAACAUCUUUUUAUUGAAAUCUAAAUAUUAAAAAUCUUGCAGAUCACAAAUUAAUUUUAAGUUACUUAAUUCAUUUAAUUUAUAUAUGCCAGUAGUUUGUAGCUUGUGAGAAAUAACUAUAAAUAUAAAAAUUGACGAGAAAAAGUGCCUGUGAAGGUCUAAUUUCUGAAUAAAUUAUUUGAAUUUUGAAUUUGAAUUUUAUAAUUAUAUUUAGUGCUAAAAUUUUGGUUUUUGUGUAUAUAUUUCAAUAAAAAGACGCAAGGUCUGUCUACAAAGAGUCGAUUUUUCAUUGCAACACCAAAUCAAAUUAACAUGAUUGGUUGAUAAACGCCCGAUGUUGCCAGCCAAGUGGACCUAGCGCCAUCAAUUAUUUUCUGCUCUUUACAGACAGACAGUAUUACGGUUGUCUAUUUUUUAAGUAUACCCCUACCUAACAGAGUAAAAGAAUAUAUUGUAAAGUAGAUAGAUCAAAUUGUUACAAUAAAAUGGUUGUUUUUUAUA